CAAGUGUCUGUCUGUCUGUUUGUCUGUCUUGAUGUCUCUCCGAAGUCGAAGGUGUUACCCAGUUCCAGUUACUUUCGGCAGCUCUCCACCGUGUGCAUAUUCUAUCUAUUUCGCAAUGAGAGAUACGCAGAAAGAGAGCGCGGCAGAGAAAGAGAGAGGAAAUGUGAUGGAAAAAUCAAUGCAGUCAAUGAAAACUUCUCUCAGCAUGCCUUCCGUUUGUUCACUCGACUUCUUGACAGUAUUUUGUGUAUUUACAAAUUUCCAACUUCAAUGGAAAAUCAUAGCUGGGAAACUCUUAGUAUUUUUAAAUUGGCAGUGAGAAAACCCAAAUGAAUGCCUUUCAUGUCGUUACGACAAUCAAAUGUUUGCUUGGUCUCUGCCCUGUGCAUCGGCAGCCUGAUCAGCAUCAUCAGCGCUGCUCCCAUUCUUCCAUCCUUCACUGAUCCUCACCAUCCGACUACAAAGUCGCCCCUCUGGCGUUUCAGUCCACAAACAAUGCCGGACGAUGAGUGGAUACCCACAGGUUCCACUUUUUAUGCAAACAGCGUUACGAAAGCCCCGCCAAGAAGUGCCUUUGCGGCAUACAUUAACUCAAAUCGCACAAAGUUUGUGGAGCCAAUCACGCUGAAGGUGUGGCCCUCACACAUCGAUCGUGUCAAGCUGGAGCCCUUUUGGAGCACAAUCUUUGAGAGAAAUGGAGAAAGGCUUACGACUGCCAUACAUCCGAGCCUUUGGGUUAGGCAGCCAAACAUCUCGAGAAAUUCGGAGCUUGUGCUGGUUCCUCGCCCGACCACAAAGGUGCAAAGACCAUUAGGUUCCAGUACCCCCAUAGGUUCAAGUAGUCCAUCAGCACCCAAGUCUGAUCCUGAUGUUCCAAGCGAUGAAGCUGAAACCAAGCCAGCCAGAAGGCGGAGUAAAAAGCGUUUCCGUGGCAGGGCUACGCCUCCUUUGAGCUCAGUCCAUCCAGGCGUUAAGUUUAAGGCUCCCGAGACACAGGAAAUCGGAGUAACUCCAGCAAUGAGGAAUCCAGACCUAGUGCUGGUGGGUCUGCCUUCGAUUAAAGACUCUCAAGAGACUUCCCAGUCGGAAGAUGCCGAAGUCGAAGCUGUAAGACAAACGAGAAAAAUGCGCUUGCGCGGCAGAAAGCAUUCCAGGAGAAAGCAAAGGAGAAGAAAGCCGGUCACAAAGGGAAACUUAAGCAAACCUCAGCUAAAACGGAAAAUGUCAAUGCCCCUGGAGCUGACACUGCCGUUGAAGUACCUCCUGAGGGAUGGAGGGAAGACCACGCUGGACUUUUUCGUGCACACCGAUCCACCGGUGUGGCGGGACACGCGCUACCAUUUCCAGCAGCUGAGUCAACAGCCACGACUGCGCAUAGAGUCGAACCCCAUGGUGGAAUACUAUCCCGAUGAGGCGCAGAUGGAUGAGGUGUGCAGGGACGAGUCCACCAUUAUUGGCACGGACAUCGUGACGAGCUACAUCAAGCCGCACAUCUACCAGAAGCCCUACACCAAGAGGAUCCUUUAUACCAAAUUUCGCGACACUUGGGGCAUGGCUGACAUUUUAAUGUUCUGCCACCACCCGGAAAAUGUUCCAGUCCUGAAGUUCCUGAAAUGUGCCAUCAUGCGGCACAAGAUGAUGGAGUCCAUGCUGCCCAAGUAUCCCUACCACCAGGUGCAAACGUAGGAACAUUUACUCAACUUUGUA